AAGGGCCUGCAGGAAUGUUGAAGGAAGGGCAGAGGAAAGGGCCCUGGGACAGAAACCUCUAGCGUGUCUCAGCCAAUGCAAGGCAGCCUGGCAGGAGGGCCAGCUGUGUUGAGACUGGAGAACAGCAGAACAGCCUCAGCGCAGUCAGGAAGAGUACUGGGGUCCAGAAGUAUCCAACAUGGGCCCAGCACGGAACACGAGAAGCCUUGAGAACUGGCAAUACUCAGGCAGGUACCAGAGCGGCUGGGAGAGCUUCAGGAAAAAAAAAUAGGCCUGGGUUAGGCCCCUGCAUAGCUGGUGUCCUGGUGGCUAUGGAGUCAGUGGUGUUACUUGGGGAAAAAUACCGGUGGUGUGACCAGAAGCAACAGCAGGGCUUUAGGCUCAGGGAUGGAGCCAUCUUACCUCGACAGAAAUGUUUAUGCUCCACUGUGUUCCACUGGGGACACUGAGGAUGGAAGAAUGUUAAGGCCUGGGCCAGCCUUUUAGCAUGGGCUGGUCUGAUUGCAGACGGCUUCAGUGCCCUCUAGUGAAGAUUCCACUAGAGAAGCCCCAAGCGAUAUAGGUGGUUAUCCUUUGUCCCGAGGAGACGCCAGUCGGGAGAGUCGGGAUUCAGGGGCUCACUGGGACUGAUGGGGCCUGAAUGGACAGUGAGCCCGCUGCUGCUUCAAAUUCUGACAGCUAGAACAGGAGCUAUUUUAGUCACGGACCUGUUGUGGCCAGAUGGACCCCUGAUGAAUGCUGCUGUAAACACAGAGGGACAUGGUAUCUCGGAACCCCGAAGCUGAGUGGAGCCAGGCCCGACCCCCUGUAGAAGUCAUGGUUUCGGGAGAUGCAGAAUCAUCCGUGAGAAAGCCUUUGGGAAGCUCUCCCUGGGAACGCUCGCGGCUCUUGUGAGGAAAGGGCUGCGGGGUUUGAGUGGGUAGACGGCUGGGCUGCAGCUAUGGACCGAGAGCUGGCCCAGGCCCGCAUCCUUGCUGAGCCUGCCCAAGUGUGGCUUCUCCCGCCAUGGGCUCCUCGGUGUACAUCAUGGUGGAGCUGGCCAUUGCUGUGCUGGCCAUCCUGGGUAACGUGCUUGUGUGCUGGGCCGUGUGGAUCAACAGCAACCUGCAGAACGUCACCAACUUCUUCGUGGUAUCGCUGGCGGCGGCUGACAUCGCGGUGGGCGUGCUCGCCAUCCCAUUCGCCAUCACCAUCAGCACUGGCUUCUGUGCCGCCUGCCAUGGCUGCCUCUUCUUCGCCUGCUUUGUCCUGGUCCUCACGCAGAGUUCCAUCUUCAGCCUCUUGGCUAUUGCCAUCGACAGAUACAUCGCCAUCCGAAUUCCACUCCGGUACAAUGGCUUGGUGACGGGUAUGAGGGCGAAGGGCAUCAUUGCGAUUUGCUGGGUGCUGUCAUUCGCCAUCGGCCUGACCCCCAUGCUGGGCUGGAACAACUGCAGUCAGAAAGAUGAGAACUCCACAAAGACCUGCGGCGAGGGCCGGGUGACCUGUCUGUUUGAGGACGUGGUACCCAUGAAUUACAUGGUUUACUACAACUUCUUCGCUUUUGUGUUGCUCCCCCUCCUGCUCAUGCUGGCCAUCUACCUAAGGAUUUUUCUGGCAGCCCGGAGACAGCUGAAGCAGAUGGAGAGCCAACCCCUACCAGGGGAGCGGACUCGCUCCACGCUGCAGAAGGAAGUCCACGCCGCCAAGUCCCUGGCCAUCAUCGUGGGGCUCUUUGCCCUCUGCUGGUUGCCCCUGCAUAUCAUCAACUGCUUCACUUUCUUCUGCUCCACGUGCCAGCACGCCCCUCCUUGGCUCAUGUACCUGGCCAUCAUCCUCUCCCACAGCAAUUCCGUUGUCAACCCCUUCAUCUACGCCUACAGGAUCCGGGAGUUCCGCCAGACCUUCCGGAAGAUCAUCCGAACCCACGUCCUGAGGCGGCAGGAACCCUUCAGGGCAGGGGGUUCCAGUGCCUGGGCCUUGGCGGCUCACAGCACUGAGGGCGAGCAGGUCAGCCUCCGCCUCAAUGGCCACCCCCUGGGAGUAUGGGCCAAUGGGAGUGCUCCCCACUCUGGACGCCGGCCCAAUGGCUACACCCUGGGGCUGGGGGGUGGAGGGAGCACCCAAGGGUCUCCUGGGGAUGUAGAGCUUCUUACCCAGGAGCACCAGGAAGGCCAAGAGCACCCUGGCCUAGGGGAUCAUCUGGCCCAGGGUAGGGUAGGAACAGCCUCAUGGUCUUCAGAGUUUGCCCCUUCCUGAGGGAAAGACAUUUUAAUAUUUUUGGGUUGGCUGGACCAAUCUCACUAAGGGAAGAGAAGAAACGCCUACGCCAGGAUACCCACUGGGUGCCCAGCUCCCACUCUGCGGGAGCAUCAAGCUGGAGCAGCAUGAAGCCCAGUAAGAAAGGCCUGGGGCGGAGGAGGCGAUGCUUCGGUCUUUAGGGCCCAGAGUUAGGUCAGGGCUACAGCAGCAUCUUCGAAGGCAGGGCCCAGUUCCCCUGCUCCAGAAGCGUCCACAAGAGCUGCCUUGCCUUGUAGAGCAGCUGUGGCUUAGAGGCCUGGCCUGAUGCUGGGGUUUGGCUGCUUUAGGCCUCCUGCUAAUACACUACUCUCCCCAGUCUAGGGCUCAGGGAGCUGCUGACCUAGAAGUAGCACUUGGCUAUUUUUUUUUUUCAAGAAGAUAACAAUGUGAGGAAACCCUUUCUAUUUUAUUGACUUCCCCUCCCUGGCUGCUGGGUCUGUGGUCGAUCCUGCUGUGACUCCCCCCUCCACACCCCACCCACCAAAGAAUUGCAGACAGCCCUCUCGGGUUAGCCCAAGCUGCCAUGCACUCAGUCACAGGGCUAUCUCCCGCUAACAAAGCUGGGCUGGAAAACAGAAACUAUGAAAGGCAGGGUGCCAGAGUGUGGGCUCACGUCUCAGGAUUGGGUUUAGAGACGUCAAGCCAUGGACCUGAGCUGGAUAGUUCAGAGCUGCCCUGUCGGAGGCCCUGCCUACUGCCUUUCCUUCGGAGGUGGGGUGGGGUGAGGGUGGGGCUUGUUUGUUUGUUUGUGGAUUUUUUUUCCCUGAGAUAAAAUAAAAUGAGCCACACUGUGUUUUAAAUUUG